ACCCAAAAUUGGGCCGUUUAUAAAACCUCUGUUAAUAUUAUAAGCUGUAUGUAACUUUUAUAAUUCUGCAUGGGUGUUACCUGUUUGCCUCCAAUCUCUUGUAGCCAGUGAGUCACACCUGAAAACGUCCUCAAAGUGAUUUGUAAACCUAGAUAAAUAGCUGGCAUUUAAAAGAAUCACAUCACCUGUAUUAGGUGUCUUCAAGACCAAUACAAGCUCUCUUUCUUGGUUGUGGUUCAAGAAUCCUUAGCCUGAAGUCAGCUGUGAUUGGACAGAUCUGAAAGCGCGCACACACACAUCUCCUCUGUCAACCCAAAGGGUGGAGUGACUCUUUUGAAAAUGCAAAGUCUGAAGGGAGAGGCUGCAGAAAGGAUUUGUGUACACCACAGUUUGGAUUAAGUUUUAAAUGCUUGCAUUGCUGGGCUACACGCUUUAAAAUUAAAGAUUAUUUAUCUGGCUGUGUGGUUCCAUAAAAACCUUUCACAUCCACAGAAACUCAAAAGAUUUUUUGGGUUAAAAUCUGAACAAGGUAAGAACGAAAUGAUUUUGAUGAGACUAAAAGGUUCUUUGGGGAAGCAGAAAUGUAGUGAACCCUGCGUAGCACCUUCGUUUUCUAAGAGGGAGGGAGUCCAAUCCUGACAGUUCGACCGUCAGAACAUCUGUGGAGAUCUCAAAUCAUGCAAGGUUCACGCAUCCGCGCUGCGCGUAAAAGCGAGUGGCUGAAAUGCGCUCUUGCGCACCACUUCAAUCCAGAUCCUGGGGUUGAAAACGAGAUCGUGGUUUUGGCCACAGGUGUGGACCAGUAUCUCCAGGAAGUCUUUCAUCACCUGGCUUUUUACAACUGCGACAAUCUCGUGUCAGAUGUGGACUUUAGGAUUCUGUGUUUGGUUUUGGGAAUCUCCGUUAACGCAGAGACAGAAAACGGCGCGUCGGAGCAUGAAGACAUUUGUAACGCGCUUCCUCGUGCGCUUAACUUCAAAGAGUUUCAUGCACGUCUUUGUGGAUUUUUCUCCGUUAAAGCACAAGAAGGGAACAGCGGAGCUCGACUCCCGGUGAGUGAAGAGACGGAGCACAUCGAGAGGGAGAUCAGACUGCGCCAUCCCAGAGUCCGGAGGAGAAAGUGUGUGAGCUUUGAUCUGUCUAAAGAUCAGAACCGAAGGAUUUCAGAGAGAGAAUCUGGACUGUCUCAGAAUCCGGAUCAGUCUCAAAACUCGGUUGGGGAUUUAAGGAAAACCACAGUGGAUAUUAACCCCCAGAGAAGAUGGCAGGACCAGCUAGAGUUGGAAAACGCCAGUCUACGGGAGCUGGUUGAAGAUUUGCGUUCGGCCCUGCAGAGCAGCGACGCAAGGUGCAUGGCACUGGAGGUGGCGCUCCGACGAAAACAAGUGCCAACCCAAGAUGCUGCUGCUGAGAGACAAGACUGUAAUGAUAGAGCCAAAACAAAAAGCAGACAAUCCAAACACACGGAAAGAAGCACUAAAGACCUCUUACGAGAGCUGGAGCUGAUCCGUGCCUCUCGUGAUGGACAGCUGGAGGAAGCCAUGAGGUUCAACCAGAGGUUAGAAGAGGAGCUGAUGGGAGCUUACAGAGAGCUCACUAAGAUGCAGCAGACAGUGGAGAGCGUCAGGAGAGAAAACGCCCGUAUCAAGAAAAGGGCGGAGGAUGCGAGAGGAGCUCUUGCCGCAGGGUUGGAGAGGGUCAGGGCCUUACAAGAUCAGGCCCAACAUACUGACCUGCUUCAAGAACAAGUCCAAAGUCUGGAGGCUCAGCUGGAGAUGUUCAGGACUCAGUGCACCUGCAGGGAAGUGAAUAUGAACCGGACAGAGAUGCUAGAGGAGUGUACAUUGUCAUCCCCUGCAAGUCACAACGAAAUCUUUACCAAAAGAGAAGAGAGCCUGCAGAGAUCAGUGGAGGGUCGAGCAGCUUCAGAUGAGGAAGAGGAGGAAAUGUGCGUGGAUGAAGGGCAGUGCUGCCUCCUGGAGGUGAAACGCCUAAUCAACAGAUUGCACGUCUGUGCCAAAGGGUGUCAGAAAGCAGCUAUAUGUCACUGGCUUGUCUCUCAAAGCCACAGCAGAGAGUUUAAAAUGAAGGGAAAAGUCUGUAUUACAGGCGAGGAUGAGUUGGGACAUGAAUCAGUGAGGAUACAGAAGAAACAGGCAAACUCUUUGAGAUUGGGAGAUCAGAUGAUGGAGACAGAGAGUGUGCGUCAUUCACUUCUUCAGCUACAACAUAAAAGAAUUUCACGCAGGGCCUUGGGGAAAAUUUUACUCGACACACUGGAUCUGUGUAGCAGGGAAAGCCACGACUGCACUCCAGUGUCCCAGGUAGUGGACACUCUGUGCCAACAGCUUCUCUCCAGUGACCUCUUGGAUGAAGGAGAGGAGGUCAGCAUAGGUUCACAACCUUUGACCUCGGGUCACAGAAACACAUCCAAUCCCAUUGUGAUGUCCUGCUGAGAACAGUACAGAUGUCCCAUUUGAAAGUCAAUGGCCCAGAUCUUCACUUUAACUGAUCUUGUUAAUACUGAAAACUAAUAUCUUAAACUAGUAAAGUGGAUAAUAUAUGCAUUUAGAGAAAAGGCUAAAUCUGUAACCCUGUGAAGCAUUCUUGGAUAAAUCUAUUUUUAACUUUAUAUAUUUUAUUUAUAUUGUUUAUUGCUACAGUACAUUAACAGUGUAACAGAGCAAACCUCACAUGAAAUAAAUAGCUCAGAUAACACUGACAAAAUAACAAAAUGUACUUAAAUUGUAACAAAGGUUUGUAGCCAUACUUCGUACUCUGUUGAGGCAAAGUGCAUUAAAUCAUUUUUACCGUGCAACUUUUUAUCAUACUGUAUAUUAAUUCUAGUUUACACCAUUGGUUACUGGUGGUGUACAUUUGCUAUCCAUAUCUACCUUUAAGGUACUAUUAAGGUACUAUUAUGAACUUUUUUAGGUGCAAAUGUGUGGGUGAUUCUCACGAAAACUUGGUUUUAAAAAUGUCAAGCAUGAAAAUGUAAAAAUUGCUUAAAUUUACUUUUUUCCCACCAGACAUUGAAAAACAAAGUCUGGAGUAAAUGGGAACAUUAAUUUAAAAACUUUUACUUAUCAUUUAACACUUUUGUAACAUAAUUAAAAAAAUUAGUCCUAAAAAAUCUCAUUACCGCAACAGUCAGAAAACAUCAACACUGACAUAUUUUCAAAAUGACAUGACAAACCUGAAAGAACAUAAUUUGGAGAUUCUGCACAUGCAUUUAAAAUCAAAGUAUUAUGCUUCUAUUAAUUAAAUUAACAUUUAAUAAGCAUCUGUUGCGGUAAUGAUAAUCAAAAUGUCGUGUAAGCAUUCUGACAAGACAUUAUUUCAAAUUAACUGAAAAAAAAUGAUCUUACCUGGUAGCCAUCUUGAAGUAACUGGUCCAUGUGCUUGGUCACUCAAAAUCAAACUUUAUUAAAAUUCUGUAUGUGUGCUUAAACUGUUCUCAAAAAGUGUUGCGGAGGAUGAGAACAUCAGGCAUGGACACAUCAUUUUCCUAAUUUUUCUUCAUUAUUAUUAUACAUGAAUAUUCAGUAAAUAUUUUUUCUGUCAUCUAAAGUAGUUUAGCAAAACAUCCUUUUUUUUUCUUAAUAUUUUUGUGUUAAUUUGAUUAAAUUACAACAUAACGCAUGUUCAAACACAGCCGGACACAUUGCGGUAAUGAGAAUUUCAGCAGAAAAUUAGAUAAAAUUUACAAUUAUAAAUUCUUAUGUU